AUGGCUAAUAAUGAUCUUGGAUUCAGUCAAGUCGGUACUCAUGAAGCAGUUUAUCCUCCACCACCUACUAUCGAUGUACUUACAGAUUUGGAUCCUGACUGCCGUUUUGAUAGUGAUACAUCUUCUAGUCUUGAGCAGGAAAUGAGAUCACCUGUCGAGAAUGAUUCACAACUAAACACAACAGUUAAUAUGCAUGAAUCAAUGUCAAUAUUUGAUAAUAUUAUUAUGCCCAAGGAAGAACCUAAUAAAAUGAUAGAUCCUAUCCAUAUUGCAACAGCAUUAGUUGCUCUCAAAGCAAGACAUCAUCUUUCGAACAAAUGCAUCGAAGAUAUACUUGCUCUGCUUCAAUUACUUAAAGUUAAGGUUCCAUCUAGUUAUAAAGCAUUGUGUACACUACUACGAAAACGUUCAAGUACGCAUUUAAUGCCAACAAAAACCACAAUCUGUCCACAUUGUCAGAUGUUAUCGAGUGCAAUGGAUAAAUGUACUGCUUGUGAUGCUCCUUAUGCUCCUAUUUUAUCUUCUGCUAUCCCCUUAUUUUAUACAUAUGAUAUCACUCGACAACUGGAAGCAGUACUUGCUACAUCAGAAGACUUGGUAAUACAAAUUUCUGAUGCUUCUACAAAGAAAAUAAUGAGAGAUAUCACUGAUGGUAACGUGUAUAAAAACCUACUUGAGAAAGAGUCUGGACCAUUUAUCACCCUGACGAUGAAUGUGGACGGGGUGCAGCCGAAUAAGGGAUCUGAUCAGAGCCUCUGGCCUGCUUUAUUUGUUGUUAAUGAAAUUAAACGCAAAAAACGAUAUUCUCCAGAAAAUGUAAUCAUCGGUGGAAUGUGGCCGGGCCCGUCAAAACCAUCACGAGCUCAAAUGUCGUUGUUUUUUAAGAAUAUUGUUUUAGAACUACAAAAUUUGGAAAAAGGUCAACUGUUUCAGCUUUAUUCAGCGGAACAGGAUGAUCAUUUUGAUUUUAUAAAAGUAUUUUUAAUAGCAUCCUGCUGCGACAAACCAGCCCAGUGUCUUGUUCAUGUGAAUGACUAUGCAGGUGAAGAUUUAGGUAUACGUACGGAUAAAGAUGUUGGUGAAGAUGCAGGCAUAGAUGGAAACAUUGGUGGAGAUGUAGGUAUAGGUGAAGCUGUUGAUGAAGAUGUAUGCGUAGGUUUGGAUGAAGAUGUGGGUGUAAGUGUACCAACAAGGAAAGGUGGAUCAGUUGUGAGUUUUGCUAUAUAUGAAAACAAUCGAGCAUGUGAACGUAGCAAUGAAAGACACGAUAUACUGCUUCAACAAUUACAACAAAGUGCGAUUAAGAUAGCUGCUCUUAAUGGUCCACGUGGUCGACGCGCUCUUAUGCAAGUCCAUAAACAAAUACAAAAACGUUUCAAAGGUGUUUGUAUACUUCGAACGUUAUCAUAUUAUGAUGUUGGUAAAUCAUUUCUUGUGGAUAGCUUACAUAAUAUCUAUUUAGGGCUAUGUAAACGACUUUUAUCACUGUGGCUUAACCAUCAAAAUAAAGAUGAAGAUUGGUCUGUGUGGUGUCGAACGAACGAAUUGUCUACUUUAUUGGUCAGAUUUCGUUUUCCAUCUACAACCACACGUCAUCCACGUUCACUUCAUAAAUUUGCAAAAUAUAAGGGCAGAUUAUUAACUCGUUCUUGUAAAAGCACAAGACGACAUGCAAUCGAAAUUAUGAAUAAUCUUAUUUAUCUUCGUGACGCACAUUUUGAACUUAAGAAUAAUAGUAUGUGUAUGAACUUACGCGAAUUAAUUUCUUCUUGGUUACAUAUACGAUGCUCUUCUUCUACAUCAUUGACAAAUCCUGUUCGUACUUUACAUAGUAUAAAAAUUACGGAUAAAUUUCUUAGUUCCAUUUUUCGUGGUGCUAUAGUCUAUUAUUCCACUGCAUUCAUUGGUCAAGUGCGAUUAACAACUACUCAUUACGCCAAAAAUAAAGUUACUGAUGACUCGUCCAUUAUAUUCAAAAUUGGAUCUAAAGAGAUUUUCGGUCGAAUUCAUCGUAUUUUUACCGUCAACGAUGCUGAACCAAUAUUUUACAUUAAUGUAUUGUCCAACACAACUGAUUUUAAGUGCAAGACUAUUACAGAUACUUAUAAAUAUUCACAUAUUCGAACAGGUUCAUUCGACGAUCAAACGAGUGGUGUGUUUAUUAGCGCAAAUGAUUUUGUUGAAAAAUGCGUUUUUUAUGAACGUAAGAACAAAAUCUGCACUUUUUACCGAUAUCCUAAUUUAGAAGAAUGUUCUUGA